AUGGCGAAACUAUCACAACAGCAAACUCAGAAAAACAAUGCAAGAAAUAACAAUAACCUUAAAGCAACUAAUACCGUCGUUGUUGACAACAAAGUGAAAAGAACAAGGAGAAGUGUCCCAAGAGAUUCUCCAAUUCAACGUAGCUCAAUAUAUAGAGGAGUCACUAGGCAUAGAUGGACAGGCCGGUAUGAAGCUCAUUUGUGGGACAAGAAUUGUUGGAAUGAAUCGCAAAACAAAAAAGGACGACAAGUGUACCUCGGAGCUUAUGACGAUGAAGAGGCAGCUGCACAUGCGUAUGAUCUAGCAGCAUUGAAAUAUUGGGGUCCGGAUACCAUUCUUAACUUUCCGUUAUGUACCUACGAGAUUCAAUUGAGAGAAAUGGAGGAUCAGUCAAGGGAGGAGUAUAUUGGAUCAUUAAGGAGGAAAAGCAGUGGUUUUUCGCGGGGAGUUUCUAAAUACAGGGGUGUCGCAAGACACCAUCAUAACGGAAGGUGGGAGGCUCGUAUCGGUAGGGUUUUUGGCAACAAAUAUCUUUAUCUUGGAACAUAUGCCACACAAGAAGAAGCUGCCACAGCUUACGACAUGGCAGCUAUUGAAUAUCGAGGACUUAAUGCUGUUACCAAUUUUGACCUCAGCCGCUAUAUUAAAUGGCUUAAGCCUAAUCACAACAACGAUAUUAACAAAAUUAGCACCAAACUUAUUGAUUCUAACCCAACCUGUGAAACCAGUUUUAUGCAAAAAUUUACUAAUCAAGAACAACAAGGACAUAAUUUCAUCCAUGCUCAAGAUGAGUCAUUAAAUAAUAAUGGAGAUGAAGCAGCAAUAACACAGCCUCGAACAACUGGCACCACGUCGGCAUUAGGUCUUUUGCUUCAAUCAUCAAAGUUUAAGGAGAUGAUGGAAAUGACAAAUGCUGCUGAUUUAUCCCCAACACCACAAAAAUCAUACACAUUUCCUAAUGACAUUCAGACAUACUUUCAGUGUGAUAUUAAUUCUUCCACUACUAAAUAUGGGGAAGGGGAUGAUCUGUUCCAUGACCUAAACUCUUUUGUGCCACCUUUAUUUGAUUCAGAUGACUUUGAUCUAUGCUUAAAGGUCUAG